AUGACAUUACCCAGCAACAACUCCACUUCCCCAGUCUUUGAAUUCUUCCUCAUUUGUUUCCCCAGUUUCCAGAGCUGGCAGCACUGGCUGUCUCUGCCCCUCAGCCUCCUCUUCCUCCUGGCCAUGGGGGCCAAUGCCACCCUUCUGAUCACCAUCUAUCUGGAAGCCUCUCUGCACCAGCCCCUGUACUACCUGCUCAGCCUCCUCUCCCUGCUGGACAUCGUACUCUGCCUCACCGUCAUCCCCAAGGUCCUGGCCAUCUUCUGGUUUGACCUCAGAUCAAUCAGCUUCCCUGCCUGCUUCCUUCAGAUGUUCAUCAUGAACAGUUUUCUGACUAUGGAGUCCUGCACAUUCAUGAUCAUGGCCUAUGACCGCUAUGUGGCCAUCUGCAAGCCCCUACAGUACUCAUCCAUUAUCACUGAUCAAUUUGUCGCUAGGGCUGCCAUCUUUGUUGUGGCCAGGAAUGGCCUUCUUACUAUGCCUAUCCCUAUACUUUCUUCUCGACUCAGAUACUGUGCAGGACACAUCAUCAAGAACUGCAUCUGUACUAACGUGUCUGUUUCUAAACUCUCUUGUGAUGACAUCACCUUGAAUCAGAGCUACCAGUUUGUUAUAGGUUGGACCCUGCUGGGCUCUGACCUCAUCCUUAUUGUUCUCUCUUACUUUUUUAUCUUGAAAACUGUGCUAAGGAUUAAGGGUGAGGGAGAUAUGGCCAAAGCUCUAGGUACUUGUGGUUCCCACUUCAUCCUCAUCCUCUUCUUCACCACAGUCCUGCUGGUUCUGGUCAUCACUAACUUGGCCAGGAAGAGAAUUCCUCCGGAUGUCCCCAUCCUGCUCAACAUCCUGCACCACCUUAUUCCCCCAGCUCUGAACCCCAUUGUUUAUGGUGUGAGAACCAAGGAGAUCAAGCAGGGAAUCCAGAACCUGCUGAGGAGGUUGUAA